UGCCAGCCUUCUCCUGUAGCACCCUUGCGCUGGAGCAGAAGCAGCAGCAGGAGGAAAAGGAGGAGGCAAGGAGAAAAAGAAAGGGAGCGAAGGAGAGGUUUUGGUUUUGCUCUUGCUGCUGCUGCUGCUGUCUUGCCAUUGCCUUUCCUUUCUGCACCCUUCCUUCUCUCCCCUCCUCUCUCCCCUCCCUCCCUCUCUCUCCCCUCCCUGUUUCCCUCUCUGUUUCCCUCCCUCUUGUUUAGGGCAGGGGAGGGACGAAGGGAGGGAAGCUGCCAGGGCUGGCUCCAGAGAGGAAGGAGGUUGGGGAAGCUGGGCUGGGAAAGACUGGGGACGGAGGUCUGCCAGUAGGCCUCGCGUUCCCUGGGAAAGCCUUACUCUUGCUGCUACUGCUGCUGCUGGAGGAGGAGGAGGAGAAGGAGAGGGCAGAGGAGGAGGAAGAAAGCGCAGCCAAAUCCUCGGGAGGCAGGAGAGCUCGCAAAAGGGGUGGGGUGGGGGGCUUGAAGGCAAAUGCAAAAAAGCCACCCUCCAGGGGUAGGAAAAAGCGGAGGCGCUGCAGCAGGAGCGGCGGUUUUUCUGCCAAGGGCUAAGAUGCAGGUUGGAGGGUCUGCAGGGGGGGGUUGCCUGCCUCCUCCAGGGCUGAUGUGUCUGUCCUUCCUCUUGCUCUGCAAGGAUCCAGAAGACUGAGGAGGGGAAGAAGACGGAGGAGAGGGAGAGGAGGAGGAGGAGAAGAAGAAGAAGGAGCUCUUCCGCCUGCCUGCCUCUUCCAUGGAGAGUCUCUUUCCUCAUUCAUUUCAGAAGCUGCAUUUCAGGAACUCCAGAGGGAUACUUUUCCCCUUCCAAGGAAAGCUGGGCGAGAGGUAGAGAAGAAGAGGAGGAGGAAACAACUUUGGAGGACAUUUUUCUUUCUUUUUUGCAAGAAGUGUUCUGCACAACAAGGAUUCAAAAGCUUCCCCCUUCCCCCCCCUCCCGUGGGACUGCUUCCAACACCCUUUUCUGCCUCUACCCCCAGCCACAUUUUGUAUUUUUAAGAAUAUUUAAUUUAUUUCCCACACACACACGCGACAAGCAUUGUGUUAUGGGACAUGUAUGUGUCCCCUCUCCCCCUUAUUCGUUCUGUGUUUAUUUUGUUUUUGUUUUUCACCCCCACAAGAAAUAAUGCAGAACCCCCACCCCUUUCAUUUAAAUGAUUGAACUGGAUGUUGCCACUGUAAUUUUUUUUUUUUUAAGAGGGGGAGGUAAAUUUUAAUUUAUUUAUUAAUGAUUCCGAGGAGGGAGGAAAACGAACUGCAGGAAGAAGAAAAGUGACUUUUGAGAGGAUAAGUUGGUUACAUUUUUCUCUUUCUCUUUUUUAUUACUUAAAAAAAGAAAAGGCCACACAGAAAAGGCCAGAUAUUUUACUUAGUCUGUUGUCUUUUUCUGACCCUGCCAACAGAAGAACAGCUGGUAAAACUGGAUUAUGAGGAUGUUUUGAAGUUAAGACUUUAAUAUUUGGAUGGAAAUCUCUGUCUUCCAGUUGGCUCUUCCAAUAGUGUUUGUAACCUUGAAAAGGCUUUUUUUCCCCCCCUGAGAGUGGGUGAAUUAAUUUAAAAAGGAGAGUUUAGAAGAAGACAAAACUCAUGUCCUGCAAAGGGCUGGGGGACGAUGUGUGGAUAUAAGCACAGAAUGGACUGGCAGAACUCUGGCUCUUGACUGGUCUUGCCUUCCUUUCUCUCUUUCUGGGAAAAGGGCUUCUUGCCGGAGGAUUUGCUGCUAAAAUUAUAUUUGCAAAAACAAACAGACAAGAAGGCCCCUCCAACAGCGCGUAGCCAAAGACCCAGGGCAACCACCCUGGAGAGCUGGAUUUGACAACAAGCCAUGAACAUGAGGCCGCCUCAGACUGCACUGGACAGACCAGCCAGUAAAAAGCACCCUCACCUGCCCAGGUUAAGCAGCCUGUCUUCUUUGGGCGACUCGGCUCCAGAGCGGCGCUCCCCCGGCCACCGCCGCCAACCCUCCGACUCCAGUGAAACAACAGGUUUGGUCCAGCGUUGCGUCAUCAUACAGAAAGACCAGCAUGGCUUUGGCUUCACCGUCAGCGGGGACAGGAUUGUCUUGGUGCAGUCAGUACGGCCAGGGGGGGCUGCGAUGAAGGCUGGCGUGCAGGAGGGGGAUCGGAUUGUCAAAGUGAAUGGGACAAUGGUGACCAACAGCUCCCACCUCGAAGUCGUGAAGCUCAUAAAAUCUGGUGCUUAUGUCGCUCUCACCCUCUUGGGCUCCCCUCCUGCCUCUGUGGGGUUUCUGGGUUCCCAACAGGACGGGCACCAGACGGGGGCUCCUCAAGUCACGCCAGCAUGUCCCCCGCCGCCCCCUCCACCACCGUUGCCUCCGCCGCAGCGCAUCACCGGGCCCAAGCCGCUGCAGGAUCCAGAGGUUCAGAAGCACGCAACACAGAUUCUCCGGAACAUGCUGAGGCAAGAGGAGGCAGAGCUGCAGCGUUGCUAUGAGAUCUACAGCCGGAAUCCGGCUUCCCUACUCGAGGAACAGAUAGAAGGUGCUCGCCGGAGAGUCAGCCAGUUGCAGCUCAAGAUCCGCCAAGAGACGGGAGGAUUGCUGGAUUCCACCGCCCGACUAUUCAGCGACUCCAGCUCCAUCAAUUCCCAGGUGACCGAUGGGCGCGUCUCCUUGGACUCCCAGGAUGGUGAUAGCGGCCUGGACUCUGGCACGGAGCGGUUCCCCUCUGUCAGUGAGAUCUCCUUGAACCGGAACUCUGUCCUCUCCGACCCUGGCUUGGACAGCCCCCACACCUCUCCUGUCAUCACGUCCAGGAUGUCCCAGCACCAUCGGCGGCAGGGCUCAGACACACCUUUCUCCUCCGCAGAACAGGGCUUGGACCGAACACCAAGGCCACUCAUCAUUGGUCCAGAGGAAGAUUAUGAUCCAGGAUACUUUAACAAUGAGUGUGACAGCCUCUUCCAGGAUUUAGGGAAGCUGAAGACGCGGCCUGCGCAUCUGGGAGUUUUCCUGCGCUACAUCUUCUCUCAGGCAGACCCAAGUCCUCUGCUGCUGUACUUGUGCGCAGAUGUUUGCCAACAGAUGAACCCCAAGGAAGCCCGGGGGCUCGGAAAGGAUGUCUGGAACAUCUUCUUGGACAAAACAGCGCCUCUGAGAGUCAAGGUCCCCGAUCACUUGUUGGCUGAAAUCGACUCCUGCCUGCGGAAUGGGGAGGACGUCCGGAGCGUUUUCUUGGAGGCCCAGGAGGCCGUCAUGCCUGAAAUCCAGGAGCAGAUCCAGGAUUACAGGACAAAGCGCACCAUGGGUCUGGGGAGCUUGUAUGGGGAGAACGACUUGAUGGACCUUGAUGGAGACCCCCAGAAGGAGCACCAGGUGGCCGAGAAGCAGAUUGCGCAGCUUGGGGACAUCUUAUCCAAAUAUGAAGAGGAAAGGAGUUCCCCCCUGAGCUUUGCCUUGAACACCUACAUGAGCCAUGCAGGGAUCCGCCCACGGGAGGCGCGCCCAGUCAGCAUUGUUGAGAAGACACAGGAGAAAGACAAGUGGCUGCCCUUCUUCCCCAAGGCCAAGAAGAGCAGCAGCACAAAGAAAGAUAAAGAAGUGAUGGAGGACAAGAAGCGGAACCCGAUCCUCAAGUACAUCGGGAAGCCCAAGAGCUCCUCCCAGAGCACAUUUCAUGUCCCUCUGUCCCCUGUUGAAGUUAAACCCGGAAAUGUGAGGAACAUCAUCCAGCACUUUGAGAACAACCAGCAUUAUGACUCACAGGAAUCCAGCAUCCAGCGCCUCUCCACGGGCAGCUUCCCUGAAGACCUCCUGGAUUCGGACAGUUCCAGGUUGGAGGUCAAGCUUGGUCGGUCGGAGAGCCUGAAGGGCCGGGAGGAGCUCAAGAGGUUGCGGAAAGCAGAGAAUGUGCCUCGCUCCCGGAGCGACGUGGACAUGGACGCUGCGGCUGAAGCCACCCGGCUUCACCAGUCAGCGUCCUCUUCUGCAUCUAGCCUCUCCGCCAGGUCCCUGGAAAACCCCACACCACCCUACACUCCCAAAAUGGGGCGCAGAAGCAUCGAGUCCCCGAACCUGGGCUUCAGCACAGACUCCUUCCUCCCCCACCUGCUGGAGGAUGACCUCUUCCAACUCUCGGACCUGGAGCUGGAGCCAGAUUCUCAGAACUGGCAACACACUGUUGGCCGUGAUGUCGUGUCUUCCUUGCCACAGCGAGAGGUUGACCGCCAGGAAGUCAUCAACGAGCUGUUUGUGACGGAGACCUCUCAUCUACGGAUCCUGCGUGUCCUGGACGUCCUUUUCUACCAGCGCAUGAGGAAGGAGAACCUACUCACUCGGGAGGAACUGGCCCUCCUGUUCCCCAACCUCUCGGAGGUGCUAGAGAUUCACAAUUCCCUGUCGGAAUCGAUGAAGAAGCUACGAGAGGAGGGCCCCGUCGUCAAGGAGAUUGGAGACCUCAUGCUUUCACGGUUUGAUGGGGCUGCACGUGAGGAGAUCCAGCAGGUGGCUGCUGACUUCUGUGCUUACCAAUCCACGGCCCUUGAGCUGAUCAAAACCAAGCAGCGGAAAGAGACUCGCUUCCAGCUGUUCAUGCAGGAAGCUGAGAGCAACCCUCAAUGCCGCCGUCUUCAGAUGAAAGAUCUCAUAAUCUCAGAGAUGCAGCGUCUGACAAAGUACCCUCUGCUGCUGGAGAACAUCAUCAAGCACACCGAUGGGGAUACCUUGGAGCACAAGAAGCUGUGUCGGGCCCGGGACCAGUGUCGGGAGAUCCUCCGAUACGUGAAUGAGGCGGUAAAGCUGGCGGAAAACCAGCAGCGGCUGGAGGCCUAUCAGAAGCGCCUGGAUGCCACCUCUCUGGAGCGGACCAGCAACCCGCUGGCAGCGGAGUUCAAGAACCUUGACCUCCGAAGCCGGCGCAUGAUCCACGAGGGGCCCCUGAGUUGGCGCAUCAGCAAAGAUAAGACUGUGGAUCUGCACGUGCUGCUACUUGAAGAUCUCCUGGUGCUUCUGCAACGGCAGGAUGAAAAGCUGGUUCUGAAGUGCCACAGCAAGAUGGCGCUGGGUUCCUCGGACACCAAGCAGACAUUCAGCCCUGUCCUCAAGCUCAACGCGGUCCUCAUCCGCUCCGUAGCCACAGAUAAACGAGCUCUCUUCAUCAUUUGCACGUCUGAAUUGGGACCCCAGAUCUACGAGCUGGUUGCAUCAACAUCUUCAGAAAAGAAUAUGUGGAUGGAACUUCUGGAAGAGGCGGUGAAGCGAGCCACCCGAAAUGCCCCCCUGCCCCCCAAGCGGCAUUCCCAGGAGCUGCCUCUGCCCCACACGGCUCCUUCCAGUCUGGUGCUCCGGGAUGCUGACAUCUCCCCAAACUUGGCCCAGAGGAUCUCUGCCUCCAGCCAGGAUGCAGAAGAAGAGGAGGGGACUUCAGCAGACGAUACCCCGACAGACACCCUGGUCGAAGAGAGGCACCCAGUGCUGGUGGAGGAGCCACAGGUUGGAGGCAGGGAGGAGGAGGAGGAGGAGGAGGAGGAGGAGGAGGAGGAAGGACCACCUCCUGCUGCGUCACCGUUCCCCCCUGCAGAGAUGGAGGCCCUUCCUCCAGAGGAGAUCCCAGAGCUGGGCGGCCACCUGCACCCCCUUCAGGAGCCUGUAUUUUCUGAGAGUCUGGCUGAGUCGGCCCUGGAGGACGUGGAAACUCUGCGACUUCUCUUCCUGCGAAGCUUCCUGCCACCCCGAGACCCUGACCCCGAAGAGGACCUGACCCCCACGCCAUCUCUUGUCGGUACCAACCAGCACUGGGACUCAGCGCUAGCCAGUCAGGACUCAGGCAGCCACGAGGAGCCACCAGAGUCCCUGGAGGGUGGCAACCCCUUGGAGCAGUCCGGCUCCACGCUGAUGGAUCCGGAGGGUGGCCGGCCUGGGCCUGAGGCUGAAGGCGUCCAGGGCCCCCAGGCAGCAGCGGAGGGGAGGGAGCCUUGUGGGGGCGAGAGGACGGCAGAGGUCCCCAUUGGGCAGGGAAGUGCUCAGGAGGCUCAUGGAGAGGGUGACGGCGGCAGCAGCAGCUACAAAGUGGUGCGGAAAGCCAAGGUGGAGGGGGCUAACGGUGCUCUUCCCUUGCCAGACGGUAGCCAGGCAGGAACUGAACCAGGAGGCGCAGCAGAGGCAGAUGGGAACUACUUCUAUGUGAGCCUACCGGAUGGCCCCAAACAGUGCCAAUCAGGCGCCAGGAACCCCAGCCCCACAGAGCCAGCCGACCUUUCCAGCCAGCCGAAGAGCCCGCCUCCUGCCAGGCUGCCCCACAGCUGGCCCCAUGCCAAAGAGAGCCCGGCAGGGUGGCCUGGCUCCCUCGAAGGCCCAGUGGCCCCCGAGUGCUUCCCCUCCAGACAAGUGAUUCAGGACAUAGAUGUCAUCUUCCAGACGAUAGAGCAGCUCUCGCUGAAGCUGACCAGGCUGAAGAACGUGGAAAAGGCCCAUCAGGAGCUGCUACAGUCGCUGACUGGAGGUUCCCCCCUGGAUGCUGCCACCCCUGUGGGACGUGUGCUGCCGGAGCAGAGCCAAAUGUCGCCGCGGGACAGCCAUGGAGUGCCCAAAGCUGGCCAGGAUGACCCUCCGCCCGUCCUGCAUUCCCCAGAAGCAGCAGCAGAAUUUGGCCAGAUCUCCCUUUCUGAAGACGGCCCCCAGGAAGUGACCUUUUAGGGAGAGGAGUUUUGCGAGGGAUGGACAGCAGGCAGGCAGGCUCGCUCUCUGGCAGAUUGCUGCUCCCUCCUCUUCCCAGCCCACCUUGGCGGUCUCCAGGUUUGAACUGAGCAGGUGGCAGUGGGGAGCCACCAGCGUGAAGGAUGGCCAAGCUCCAAGGAGGAAGAAACUGGAAUCCCUCCCUAUCCCUCCCCCCCCCUCGGAAGCCCACAGUGGAUUAAUUUAAACUGUAUUAUAAAUAAUAUCUGGAGUUCUUCCCAAUCGGGCUUUCCGGGACAGCUCGCCAGGCUCCGUAGCGGGAGCCCCCCUGGCCUGCAUGCCUCUUCCACUUUGGGGGUUAGACCCUUUUUGCUAACCCCCCUCCUCCUGCUGGGCUGAAUCAAUCAUGUGUAUAUGGGUGUAUGCAUAUGCACCCCACAGACUUGCUUUUUCCAAUGUACAUGAAAGCUGGAAUAUAUUCUGUAUAAUUGCACUUUUUUUAUUUUGGGUUAUUUCGUUUCCUUUCCACUGUGAGGAAAAAUCCCUCACUUGGAGAGGCCCCAGCUGCUUCCAGACUUUGAUAUAAAUAUGUAUGUAUAUGCAUUGAGUUACUGUAAAUAUAUGAGACUUUGUUUGUUUGAAAAAAAUAAUUGCCUCCAUGCCGACUGAUAACUAGAAAAUUAAAAAGCUCCCCCACUGUAGCUGUGGCUUGAUUGGCAGGGUGAGGACAGGGCUGAGAGGUUUGGGGCUGCAAAGACCCCACUGCAGCUGGGGUGUGUGUGUUGUGUGUGACGAUGGCUGCCUGUGAUCAAGCCGCAGUGAAAAGGAAUCUGGCGGGCGAGGGUCUCUCCCCUCCGCCCAGCAAGCGCAGACACCUCCCGCCCCAUCACUUGUUUUGUGAAAUGGCCCCCGAGAGUGCUCUCCCUGAGCUGCGGCAGUUGCGUCAAGGCAGGCUGCUGGGUGUGAGGGUCCCGAGUCUGCCUUGGAAACAGGACCGUUGUCGUCGUUUGGCGGGAGAAGCCACUGGCUGGUGCUAAGACAAUAUGCCUCUCUGGAGGCAGCCCCUGCCUGCCUUGGCUGUGCAGGAGGCCUGUCUGCUGCGGCCUCUCCAAAAACACCAACUGCCCCAUCGGCUGGCGAGAGGGGGCUGAAGCUGUUUGGGCUGAAGCGGCAGGUCCCCGGCAGCCAGGCCAUCCCUCCUUCGUUCUCGUUUCCGGUGGGCCUCGUUGGCUCAAGCGGUGAGUCUAAACCCCAGGAGUUGACCCCCCCAAUGCUGCAACAGGUGGAUGAUGCAUAUAAGAUUAUAUAUAGAUAUAUAUAGAUAGAUAUAUAUGUAUUAAAAAAGAAAGAUGCCAGUUUGCUGUUCAAUCUGCUAAAAGCCAAUUUUAUUUUCUUCCUUUCAA